AUGAAACUGAAAAAGGCUGCUGCAGAACGAAAAAUCAAACUUGAUUUCCUAUUACCUAACUUCGAUAAGCACAAAGCAAACAAAACAUACUACGAUUGGGCAUCAAAGGUUAUCUAUUGGUGCAUUGAGUGGCGUUUUAUCAAUGCCAACAAUAAAAUUAUCAUCGACGAACGUUGCUGCGAGUCAAAGACGAUGAACGAAUUGAUUGAAAAAUAUGUGGUUUCAUGUGAUUCGUUAAGUUCAUUGGCAGGCUAUCGAUCAAAAGGCUUGGGAAAAAUUUUGUUAUUACUAAAAGCUGAAGGUGUACGAAAAAGUUGUAACAGAUUUUAUCGAAUGGAUGUGUCAAAAACUCUCCAAGAAAACCUACAAGAAAAAACAAUCGUGGAAUUCCCAGUGAUUUACGUUAUAUUCGAUUCGGAUCUACAGGAUUAUGACAUUAUUAAUAACAAUGAGGACAUUGUAGCUGAAGAAACGCGAAAACACAAGAACCACUAUUUCCCGAUGGUGAGAAAAAAUAAAGGAAAAGCUGAUGCAAACAGUAAAGGCGGUAAUGGUGUAGCAUCCGAAUCGACCACAUAUAACAGUCAGAAACCAGUGAACUUUCUAUUUUCAAACGACACAGAUGCAAUGGAUGAUGACGACGAUGAUUCAAGUGAUUAA